UGUUCUAUCAUAUGCUUUGCGUGCGCCCAAUCAGAAGCGGCCUUAUGAUUAGGCUCGAGAGUUUGAAUCUGGUUGAUGGCUGCUUGUGCUGGAGGAGAAUGAGUUCUAUGUAGUGAGGCGGCUCUUGUAUUGCGUGCCUCCCCGUAUACCUGCAUUUCCUCCAUUGAGCUCGCUACUGCUGCUACCUGCUUCUCUUCAGUCCUGCGGACCGAGUUAACAUAGUAUAAUGGGCGACAACAGCAUGCUGGCACAGAUCGCAGGAAAGAGUCUCCUAGCAGACUCCUCCGUGUUUGACUCUAAAAUCACAGAGACCUCCAAAGAUAACCUGUUUGCUGGCUCUGCAGAUAUUGACGAAGAAAUGCCACAAAUUGAAACCAGAGUGGUUUUAGUUGAAGACGCUGGAAGAAAUGAAGAGUUAAUAAAGGCCCUAGAGGAAAUCAAGGUACCCUGCAUCAAAACAGAUUCUGUUGAAGAAUUUGUAGAAGCUGACACCCCAGAGUUCGAAUCAGUGUUUGUCAUAUCCGACUUUCAGAAACCUUCAUAUCGAUUCCUUUACAAAGCUGACUGCAGAGUGCUUGGUCCCCCCAUCAUAUUUUAUUGUGCACAGAAAGGAGAGCCUUUGCCUUUUACAUCCCGACCCCUCUACUGUGCAAAUAUGCUAAAUUUAGUAUUGUGCUUCACUGGUUUCAGAAGGAAAGAAGAAUUGGUCAAACUAGUAACGUUGGUUCAUCACAUGGGAGGUACAAUAAGGAAAGACUUCAGCUCAAAAGUUACCCAUCUUAUUGCCAAUUCAACUCAUGGAGAUAAAUUUAGGGUUGCAGUUAGUCUUGGAACUCCUAUAAUGAAGGCUGAUUGGAUUUUCCAAGCUUGGGAGAAAAGGAAUGAACUUGAAUUCAGUGCAACAAAUGAAGAGUUCAAAAAUCAGUUUAAGGUUCCUCCAUUCCAAGACUGCAUAUUAAGUUUUCUGGGGUUUUCCGAUGAAGACCGAGUCAGUAUGGAAGAAAUGACUGAAAUGCAAGGAGGGAAGUUUUUAUCUGUUGGAGAUGAAAAAUGCACACAUCUGGUGGUAGACGAAAAUUCUGUAAAAGAGUUACCAUUUGAACCUCCUAAGAAACUGUAUGUGGUGAAGCAAGAGUGGUUUUGGGGAAGUAUCCAAAUGGAUGCCAGAGCAGGAGAAACAAUGUACCUGUUUGAAAAGAAUGAAAGUCCAGCUUUAAAAAAAUCUGUCUCUCUGCUGACCUUGAACACACCAAGUAGCAAUCGUAAGAAACGUCGUCUUAAAGAUACUCUUGCUCAGUUAACCCGGGAGACAGAUCUCACACCUUUUCCUCCUCGAAAACGUCCUUCGGCCGAACAUUCCCUUUCUAUUGGAUCGCUGCUAGAUAUUUCAAACACGCCCGAGUCUGGAAAAUCUUUUUCAGAUACACCAAAAAUUAUAAAGCCUUCAAAAGUAUCUACUCCUGUACCCCAGCAAUCAGCAAGGUGGCAAGUUGCUAUGGAACUGUAUCAGACUGAGAGUAAUUAUGUUGAUAUUUUAACUACAAUUGUACAGCUUUUUCAACUUCCGUUGGAAAAAGAGGGGCAGCUAGGAGGCCCAAUCCUUGCUCAGGAAGAGAUUAAAACUAUUUUUGGCAGUAUACCAGAUAUCCUUGAUGUUCACACUAACAUAAAGGGUGACCUGGAAAAACUUAUGAUUGACUGGGCAGAAAGCAAAAGUAUUGGGGACAUUAUCCUCACCUAUUCUAAAGAUCUAGAGAAAAUCUAUCCACCUUUUGUCAACUUCUUUGAAAUGAGCAAGGAAACUAUUAUAAAAUGUGAAAAGCAAAAGCCAAGAUUUCACGCUUUUCUAAAGAUCAACCAAUCAAAGCCUGAAUGUGGACGACAAACUUUAGUCGAGUUACUUAUCAGACCUGUUCAACGGUUACCAAGCGUGGCUCUUCUUCUGAAUGAUAUUAAAAAGCACACCGCAGAUGAUAAUCCAGACAAAGUGUUGUUGGAGAAAGCAAUCGAUUCAUUAAAACAAGUCAUGACGUACAUUAAUGAAGAUAAAAGGAAGACUGAAGGGCAAAAACAGAUUUUUGAUGUGGUCUAUGAAGUAGAUGGAUGUCCUGCAAAUCUACUAUCUUCCCACCGAAUGUUAGUGCAGCGUGUGGAAACAAUUGCACUUGGUGAAGAUCUUUGUGAUCGAGGAGAACAAGUUACACUUUUCCUGUUUAAUGACUGCCUUGAGAUUGCAAGGAAACGACAUAAGGGUAUAGGAGCAUUCAAGAGCCCUCAUGGGCACACAAGACCCCCUGCGUGCUUGAAACACAUAUGCCUUAUGCCUCUUUCACAGAUUAAGAAAGUUCUUAACGUCAAAGACACUGAAGAGUGUCAUAAUGCAUUUGCAUUGGUAGUGCGACCUCCAACAGAACAGACAAACCAGUUAUUUAGUUUCCAGCUGACAACAGAGGAGCUUCCUAAGGUGGAUUGGCUGAAGAUGCUGUGCCGGCAUGUAGCCAACACCAUUUGUAAAGCAGAUGCUGAAAAUCUGAUUUAUUCUACUGAUGCCGAUUCACUGGAAGUGAGCACAAAAGAUGUGGAUAGUACAUUGAGUAGAGCAUCAAGGGCCAUAAAGAAAACUUCUAAGAAAGUUACAAGAGCCUUUUCAUUCACCAAAACGCCCAAGAGAGCUCUUCAGAGGGCACUGAUGGUGCAAAAUGCAGAUGGCCGAAGCCCUGGCCCAAGUAAUGAGGGUUUUGCAAGCUGUCGUAUGCCGAGCACCACAUCUCUGGCAGCCGUUCCGUCUCCGUCCUUGGUAAACCUGUCAUCCCUGUUUGAGAGGAAGUACCAUACAUUUAGCCGAUCCACGACUCACCUUAUAUGAAAGUGCUGAAAUCCUUCUUUUCCUGCAACUGACACAAGCAGCUGGCUCUUGUUAAAGACUUCUAUCAGUUCCAGCACGGUACUUAAUAGCACUUCGUAGAAACAAAGAUGAAGAUUUUUUUUUUGAUACAAUAAAGCUAUGCCCAGUGUGUAUUUGGCAUUGUUUUAUUGUGCUUUUCCGUUUGGAAUUCGUUUGUUAUAUAUGUGUAUGUUCCUCUGUAAUCUAUUGUUAGUAAUUAUUUGUAAGCCGUAAAUAUCUAUGGAUCUUUAAAGGAAGUCAAUAGUUAUUCUUGACUGGAGCAAAACAGUUAAUGUGUAAGGACGGUUUGCUUUUCCACAGCUAUUAUGAAUUAUUUUAUUUUUUUUUCCAGACAUGUGUAUGUUAUUUGAAAUAUAUAACGUAUCAAAUAAGUAUAUGAUGCAGGAUUAGUCUGACUGAAAUGGAGGCAACUUAAUUUAAAGCAAUUAAAAAAAAAAAAUAAAACCUUUAGAAUCUCCACUAAUUUUACGUUUGCUCAAGUUUUUGAUUUUACUCCUAUUUAUUUAUAGCCAGAAGAUUUCGUUUUUAAUGCAAGAAAAUUGUGGUAAUGAUUCUCUAACACUGAUACACGUGACUUUCUUCUGCAUCCCAACGCUACAUUUUUCUUGUAUAUUUAUUGGUAGAGUGAUCACUGUCGACAUAUCGAGGAUCGCAAACUGCUUCAUUUUAAAACGGUUUGUAAAAGACAAAAAAAAACUGUAUCUUGUUUGUAAAUAAACUUGUAAAGCCAAA